UCAUAGAACAUGGAGUGCUCCAAUGAUGUCGAAGAAGUUAAUAUUAAAAAAUGCAAUGUAAUUUGCAAAAGGAAACAUUUAAAAUCAUUGAAAAGAUACAGAGAAGAUAAAACGUUUAAAAGUCUUCAGACAAAACGAGCUUUUCGAAUAAAGGACACAGAUGGUAAAAUGAUAACGAUCGCAAGAAUAUCUACGUUCAAUUAUCCCCGAUCUAGUAUAGAUCCUCCUUCUGAAAAGAUUUCAAGAAUAUCACAGUGUUCAAUGUUAACAAAUAAAAAGAAGAAGGAGAAGGUCCUUUCUUCUCAAAAGAGCAAACUUUAUUUGUCUCUUCGAAAAAAAAGAGCUGAAUUUCGUCAAUCAUUGAUCAAAGCGAUAACUGUGAAGAAAGAAAGAGAAGAAGAAGAAGAAGAAGAAGAAGAAGAAGAAGAAGAAGAUGUGUGUUUCGAUGCAAAAGAGUUUUGGCUUACGAAGAGCGAAGAGGAUCUUUUGAGAUAUCAUUAUUACAUUUUUCAUGCGAUCGAUGACGUACACAUCAAAUCGAUAGACAAUAAAACAUUGAAGAAUAUUUUACAUUUGAUUCCAGUUAAAUGGCAAACGAAAUUUCCAGAAAUUUUAAAUGAAGUCGUUCAAGAAACGAAGAAUGAUUAUAAUUUGACUAUUAAAAAGGCCAUUAUUGAUUUCGUUCUGCAGGAACCUUUGAGAGACGAUUACAAAUUGUUCGAAAAGUUAUCAAAAACGAAGGAGAGUGAAGAGAUCAGACAAUUUUCAUUGGAAUACAAAUGUCGAUAUAGAAGAAGGAAAUCGAAAAUAGAAAGGAUCACUAUACUUUACAAUAAUUAUAUGCAUAAAUCUUUGGAUUAUUGGAUGAGAGAAUUUAGUAAUAAGAGACAGAUCGACAUAGAAACGUUAGCGUCUAAUGGAAAGCCAUAUGAUCUUGGGAGUUUCGAGUACAGGAUAAUAAGGAUGCUUCGAAACAUGAGGAACGAUCUCGAGACAAAUUGGUUGCCAAAAAUUAAAGCUGCGUUCUGUAAUUUAAGGAAGAAAGAACGUUCAAAUAAAGUUGAAACGUCAAUUGAUGCAUCCGAAUUAAAAAGGACUUACGAUUGUCUCGCUUUGAUAAUGGAAACGCAAUUGCGAGAACUCUGUCUUAAUUCCAUGGAGGAUUAUAUUGAUUAUCUCAUGGACGUAGGUGGUAAAAAUUGUGGAUUCAAUAUGAAAGUAAUUGUGAAGAAGAAAGCAAUUUUCUUUGAUCCAUCUUUUACAACGUUCGUGGAAACUUUAACAUCACUUUUACAUUCGAUUUACGAAGCUGUGACGGUCUAUCCACGUAUCGAAAAUGAGAGAUCUUCUGAGAAUUCGACAAAUAUGUUAAAGCCACUAAUAUCAUCGGAUUUAUUGGAAUAUUAUUCAAAUAAGAUCGUCGAAUUAAUAGAAGUACAUAAAGUUGAGGUAGAAAAACAAUUAGAUGAUUUCAUGAUCUAUACAAAAUUGAUCGAGGAAGUAGAAGAGGAGGAUGUCGUGGAACCAUUUUUAAAAGCUGAUCCACCUCGAUCUUUCGAAGAAUAUUGUGAUAUCAUUGAACAUUAUCAUCAACUGAGUCAUAAUCUUCCGGUUAUAUUAGAUCGUACUUAUUUUGGAAAACUUUUCGAGGUUCGUAGGAAAGAUCUCAUAGAUCAUAUAGUCUUUGAAGCUGAUCGUUUAAAAGAAUUUUUACUAUCUAAAAUGGUUGACGAUUAUCAACGAAAUAUGCGUGAUAUAGGAGAACUUUAUCAAAAUAUAGCAGAUCAAGCGCUAAGUAUACCACCAAAUACGUCUGAACUCGUUAAACUCAAAGAAUUCAUAAAUACUGCUGAAACUGAAACAAUUUUUAUCCUUGAAAGUCGUUUGAAAGAUUUAAAAAAAUAUAUUCUCUUUAUAUCAGACUAUUGGAUUUUAACACCAGUUGAACUCAAAACGAACAACUUUGCUUUUCAAUGGUAUCACAACAUAUCUUCUAUCUUUGAACAACAUCGAGAUAUCAUCGCAAGCAAAACUGGCGAGUAUCAAAAGAUGUUGAAAGAAAAAAUCGAGAAGUUUGAAAAGGAUCUUGAAAUUUAUGCAAAAUAUUGCGACGAAAUACAAUAUUGGGGCAAUAUCGAUGAGAUUUAUCGUUACAGAAAAAAAGCUACCAGUUUGGAAAAUAAAAUAAUUGCUGCGAUGGAAACGAUCGAUAGAUUUAAUGAGGAAGAACAAUUGUUUGGUUGGGAACUCACGCAAUAUCCGUUAAGAAAAAAGAUUGCCGAUCAAUUAUCACCGUACAAAAAACUUUUCGACAUAGCUUGUGAAGCCUUUACGAAUAUCGAUUUAUGGAUGAAUUCGAUGAUUGGCUCGCAUGAUCCAGAAGAAAUAGAAGCCGAAACUGGAACAGCGUAUCGAACUGCAUAUAAGUUAGAAAAGAUUUUUCAAGAACAGAUACCUAAAAAGUUAGCAGAGACGAUAGUUAACAGAAUAGAAGAGUUCAAAGCGCAUAUGCCAGUGAUAAUGACGUUAGGAAAUCCAUUCAUGAAAAGUCGUCACUGGGAACAGAUCUCAGAGAUCGUUGGGUUUCCGAUAAAAGUUGAUAAACAUAUGACAAUGGCUAAGAUAUUAGAUUAUGGUUUAGCUGAUUAUGUUCCAAAAUUCGAAGCAAUUUCGGAAGCAGCAAUGAAGGAAGGAAGUCUUGAGAAAUCCUUGAACAAAAUGUAUACGGAAUGGGAAGAUAUAGCGUUUGUAGUGAAUCCUUAUCGUGAUACCGGUACUUACGUUAUAGCUAGUGUUGAUGAAAUACAAUUAUUACUGGAUGAUCAUUUGACCAAAGCACAAACUAUGAAAAAUUCUCUUUACAUUAAGCCUUUUGAACAAGAAACUCUUGAAUGGGAAGCAAAGUUACUAUUGUUGCAAGAUAUUAUAGAUUAUUGGUUAGCCGUUCAAGCUACUUGGAUGUACCUUGAACCAAUUUUUUCUUCGCCAGAUAUUCAGCAACAAAUGCCAGAGGAAGGUCGACGAUUUAGUGCCGUUGACAAGAUUUGGAGAGAGAUUAUGGCAGCAGUAGCCAAUGAUCCAAGAGUUAUGUCUGUUAUUCAAAUCGAGAAAAUGUUGGAACGUUUCAAAAAAUGUGCGAAUUUACUCGAUCUCGUUCAGAAAGGUCUAGUAGCAUAUUUGGAAAAAAAGAGAUUAUAUUUUGCAAGAUUUUUCUUUUUAUCCAACGACGAGUUAUUAGAAAUAUUAUCAGAAACGAAAGAUCCUACUAGAGUUCAACCACAUUUGAAGAAAUGUUUCGAAGGCAUCGCAAAACUUAGUUUCACGGAGAAAAUGGAAGCAACGAUGAUGGAGUCUUCGGAAGGAGAAAUGGUUCUAUUUGAAGACAUAAUUGACACUGUUGCUGCUCGAGGACAAGUAGAAAAGUGGCUUUUACAAUUGGAGAUUGUUAUGAAGAAGAGCGUUAGGGCACAAGUCAUACGAGCAAAAGAUGCGUUCGUGACAAAAGCUCGAUGUCAAUGGGCUUUAGAUUGGCCUGGACAAACGAUUUUAUGUAUCAGCAAACUUUAUUGGACCGCUUACACGACAGAUUCAUUUUCUACUAGUCCUAAUGGCCUUAAGGAUUACAUUCAAGUUUGUAUAAACGACCUUAAUGACAUCGUCAAGUUGGUACGCAGCAAGUUGUCAAAACAAAAUCGAACGACCUUAGAAGCUUUAGUAACUUUAGACGUUCAUGGAAAAGACGUUAUAACAGAAUUAUUUGAACAAGGAGUAUCUCAUUCAACCGACUUUAAAUGGCUUUCUCAGAUGAGAUAUUAUUGGACGAAAGAAGACAUGUAUGUGAUGAUGAUAAACUCAACUUUGAAAUAUGCCUAUGAGUAUUUAGGUAAUACGUCGAGAUUAGUGAUAACACCAUUAACAGAUAGAUGUUAUAGAACGCUUUUUGGUGCAUUACAUUUGAAUCUUGGUGGUGCACCGGAAGGUCCUGCUGGUACUGGUAAGACAGAAACCACAAAGGACAUGGCAAAAGCUGUUGCCAAACAAUGCGUUGUCUUUAAUUGUUCAGAAGGCUUGGAUUAUAUAGCUUUAGGCAAAUUUAUGAAGGGUUUGGCUGCCACUGGAGCUUGGUCUUGUUUCGAUGAGUUUAAUCGAAUUGAUUUGGAAGUUCUGUCUGUCGUAGCUCAACAAAUUUUAACGAUUCAACGAGCAGUCAACGCAGGCAAAGAGAUAUUGAUCUUCGAGGAUACCGAAUUGGUAUUAGAUCCAACUUGUGCUUGUUUCAUUACAAUGAAUCCAGGCUAUGCUGGACGAACCGAAUUACCUGAUAAUUUGAAAGCUCUCUUUAGACCAGUUGCUAUGAUGGUACCGGACUAUGCAUUAAUAGCAGAAAAUACACUUUACUCUUAUGGUUUCUACGAAGCUCGACCAUUGUCCGUUAAAAUUGUCGUAGCUUACAGGCUUUGUUCCGAACAAUUAUCCAGUCAAAAUCAUUAUGAUUACGGCAUGAGAGCCGUGAAAUCUGUUUUGAUAGCUGCGGGCAAUUUAAAACUGAAAUAUCCCGAAGAAAACGAGGAUAUUUUAAUGUUGCGUAGUAUCAAGGACGUAAAUUUGCCGAAAUUUCUUAAUCAAGAUAUACCAUUAUUCAACGGUAUUAUGUCUGAUCUAUUCCCAAAUGUGACUCUUCCUACGCCAGAUUACACGUCUCUGAAUGAAUGUACGGAAAAAGCUUGCUCGGAAUCUAAUAUUCAAUGUGUUCCUAUUUUCCUCGAAAAAAUACAACAGAUUUAUGAGAUGAUGAUAGUUAGACAUGGUUUCAUGAUCGUUGGUUUUCCUUUCGGUGGAAAAACUACAGCAUAUAGGAUAUUAGCUGAUGCUCUUAGAAUUUGUGAAGAAAUGAAUCUUUUAAACGAAAACAAAGUAGAAAUAACCGUGAUGAAUCCUAAAGCGAUAACUAUGGGCCAAUUGUAUGGAGAAUUUGAUCCUGCCUCUCACGAAUGGAAAGAUGGAAUUUUAGCAGUAAGCUAUCGUACUUUUGCUGUUUCUACUAACACCAAUCGCAAAUGGUUGGUCUUUGAUGGACCUAUCGAUGCUAUCUGGAUCGAAAGUAUGAACACGGUUUUGGAUGAUAAUAAAAAAUUAUGUCUUAUGAGCGGUGAAGUGAUACAAUUAGCACCAAAGACCAAUUUAGUUUUCGAACCGAUGGACCUUGAAGCCGCUUCACCAGCUACGGUAUCACGUUGUGGUAUGAUUUAUAUGGAACCCUCUGCGUUAGGAUGGAAGCCAUUGUUAUUAUCAUGGAUCUCUAUGACACCAGCAAAAAUAGAUCCUUGGUUAAAAAAUUUCCUUUACGAAUCAUUGUUCAUAAGAUUUUGUAAACCACUUUUCCGUUUCUUACGUCGUGGUAAUGUCAAGGAAUUGUGUCCAAUGCCUGAUUCGAAUCAUUUGCGAUCGAUAACGUAUCUGAUGGACUGUUUCAUCGAGGAAUAUCACGAUGAGAAGAUAGCUAAAAAUAUCGACGAAUAUGAUCUUCGAGCACAAGUUGAGGGAUCUUUUUUCUUCUCUUGUAUAUGGGCAAUGGGUGGUACUUUGGAUGCAAGUUCGAGAGAAAAAUUCAGUAUACUUUUUCGUGGUUUUAUGGAAAGAGAAUUUCCAUUAGCUCUGAUGGAAAAAUAUCAAUUGGAAGAACCAAUACCACAACCUGAAAAACCAUACAUCUUUGUCAUGCCUAAAUAUAAUCUUGUUUUUGAUUAUAGAUUCAUUAAAGAGGGUAAAGGAAAAUGGAAAUUAUGGUCGGACGAAUUAAUCAACGUUCCCCCCAUCCCUCGAGAUAUUCCAGUUAAUCAAAUAAUCGUCCCGACCGUGGAAACAAUACGUUAUACUGCUCUCUUUCAGUUAUUAGUUCAACAUGAAAAACCUGUGCUUUUUGUUGGACCAACAGGAACAGGCAAAUCCGUUUAUAUAACUGAUUUCUUAUUGAAAAAAAAUAAUUCAGCCGUUAAUAAGCCAUUGUUUAUAAAUUUCUCCGCUCAAACUACGGCCAAUCAGACUCAAGAAAUAAUAAUGAGCAAGCUUGAUAGAAGGCGCAAAGGUGUUUUCGGUCCACCUGUUGGAAAACGAUGGAUUAUUUUUGUCGAUGACAUAUCGAUGCCAUUAAAAGAAACCUAUGGUGCACAACCACCUAUAGAAUUGCUUCGUCAAUGGCUUGAUCAUUGGCAAUGGUACGAUUUAAAAGAAAUGAUACCGAUCAAAUUAAUCGAGAUUCAAUUGAUGUGUGCCAUGGCACCGCCUAUUAGUGGAGGAAAAGAUAUCACUCCACGAUUCAAGAGACACUUCUUCGCUUUAACAAUAUCCGAUUUUGAGGACGACGUUAUGAUAAUGAUAUUCAGUAAAAUCAUAUUAUGGCAUCUUGACACAAGAGGUUUCGGUAAAGAAUUUGAUCCAUGCAUCGAUCAAAUUGUUUUCGCGACUUUGGAUGUCUUUAAGGAAAGUCUUAAGAAUCUUUUACCGACACCAGCGAAAUGUCAUUAUAUAUUUAACCUCCGAGACUUUUCCAGAGUUAUACAGGGAAUACUCUUGUCUGUUCCCGAAGCAAUGUCCACUUUGACAAGUAUGAAAAGAUUAUGGGUUCAUGAGAUUUUACGUGUAUUUGGUGAUAGAUUAGUCGAUGAAAUUGAUAUGAAUUGGCUUAUCGAACAAUUGCAUUUGACUCUGAAAGAACAUAUGGAAAUAUCCAUGGAAGAAUUGUUUAAAGAUUUUCUUCGAGGUAGCACAACUGGCAAGAUCACCGAUUACGAGCUGAGAAAAUUAUUGUAUUGUGAUUUUAUUGAUACAAAAGUGGAUGUUCGUUUGUAUAAAGAAGUAUUUGAUUUAGAAAAAUUACGAGAAAUUGUUGAGACUUAUUUAACGGAAUACAAUGCUAUGUCAAAGAAACCGAUGUACUUAGUUUUGUUCCGUUUUGCCAUCGAACAUUUGUCAAAAAUCUCUCGUAUCAUUAAACAACCAAGAAGUCAUGCUCUUUUGGUCGGCGUUGGUGGUUCUGGAAGACAAUCAUUGACCAGAUUGGCAUCACACAUUUGCGACUACGACGUUUUUCAAGUUGAGAUAAGCAAGCAAUAUGGUAUGAAUGAAUGGCACGAGGAUAUUAAAACGAUCAUGCGUAAGGCUACUGCCACAGAAUUGCAUUCGACAUUUCUCUUCACUGACAUUCAAAUCAAAGAGGAGAGCUUUUUAGAAGAUAUCAGUAAUAUGUUGAAUUCUGGAGAAGUACCUAACAUAUUCAAUAACGAAGAGAAAGUUGAAAUUUGCGAGAAAAUGCGACAAAUCGAUCGACAACGAGACCGAUCCUUGCAAACAGAUGGUAGCUUAGUUGCUCUCUUCAAUCUUUUUGUACAAAUAGCACGCGAUCAGCUUCACAUAGUCGUAGCCAUGUCACCGAUCGGUGAUGGUUUUAGAAAUCGCAUUAGAAAGUUUCCAGCGUUGGUUAAUUGCUGUACCAUCGAUUGGCUACAAGCAUGGCCUGAGGAUGCACUGAUAGCUGUUGCAACGAGAUUUUUAUCUGAAAUCGAAUUGUCAGAUCACGAGAGACAAGUAGGAAUAGAUAUGUGUCGUUUCUUUCAUGUAUCCACAGAAAAAUUAAGUGCAGAAUUUUUAAUACGUCUCAAUAGAUAUAACUACGUAACACCAACGUCCUACCUCGAGAUGAUCAAUACUUUCAAGGAUCUUUUAGAUAAGAAAAGACGAGAAACAUUACUCGCCAAAGCACGAUAUCAGGGUGGAUUAGGUCGAUUAGAUAGUACACAGCAACAGGUCGCGGAUAUGCAAGAAACUUUAAGAAAAUUGCAACCACAGUUGAUUACUGCUACUCAAGAUGUUCAAAAAAUGUUGAUUGAUAUUGAAAAAGAGAAUCAAGAUGUAGCAGAAUUUGAAAAAAUAGUUAAACUCGACGAAGUUGCAGCUCAAACUGUCGCCGAUGCAGCAGCUGCAAUUAAAGCAGAAUGCGAUGCGAGCUUAGCAGAAGCAAUGCCAUUUCUGCGUAAUGCUCAAGCAGCUCUUGAUACUUUAACUUCAAAAGAUAUUGCAGUAGUCAAAGUUAUGAAACGUCCACCGUAUGCCGUGAAACUUAUUGUCGAAAGCGUUUGCGUUCUUAGGGAAAUAAAGCCAGACAGAGUACAAACGAAGGAUGGUAUAGUUGAUGAUUAUUGGAAGGCUUCUUUAAGGAUGCUCAGUGAUGCUAAAUUUCUUGAUUCCUUAUUGAACUUUGACAAGGACAAUAUACCAGAAAAAGUGAUAGAGAAUAUCCGUAAGAAUUAUUUGACAAAAUCUGAUUUUGAUCCCGAAAAGAUCAAGAAAGUCUCGACGGCUUGCGAGGGACUUUGUCGAUGGGUUAUGGCGAUGUCGGAAUACGACAAAGUAGCGAAAGUGGUUGCUCCAAAAAAGGAGGCUUUGGCUGAAGCUGAAGCGACAUAUAAAGAAGCAUUGGACGAGUUGAAUUUAAAACGGAGCCAAUUACAAGAAGUUCAAAAUAAAUUAAUUUCUCUGGAAAAAUUAUUAAAUCAAAGAAAGGAAGAUUUUCAAGCGAUGUCCGAUCAGGUUACUGAAUGUGAACUAAAGAUAAAACGUGCAGAAGAACUUAUUGGUGGAUUAGGCGGAGAAUAUAAUCGUUGGUUGUUGAGCGCUCAAGAACUCGGAGAUAGAUAUUAUCGGCUAACUGGAGACGUCAUCAUUGCCUCUGGAGUGAUCGCUUAUCUUGGUCCAUUUACAAUGCCGUUUCGUGUACAUCAAGUUGCGGAAUGGGUGGAGCUUUGUACAAAUUUGGAAGUGGUAUGCACAAAAGAUUUUCAAUUGCGUGACGUACUCGGUGAUCCCGUUUUAAUAAGAGAUUGGAACAUAUUUGGAUUACCAAGUGAUCUAUUUUCUAUUGACAAUGGUAUUAUCGUUACAAAUGCAAGAAGAUGGCCACUGAUGAUAGAUCCUCAGAAUCAAGCGAAUAAAUGGAUCAAAAAUAUGGAAAAGACUAAUAAUCUCAGUAUCAUUCGAUUGACACAAAUGGAUUACGUCAGAGUUUUAGAGAAUGCUAUUCAAUUUGGCCAACCUGUAUUAUUAGAGAAUAUUGAAGAAGAACUGGACGCUGUUCUCGAGCCAAUCCUUUUAAAACAAACGUUUAAACAAAGUGGUGUUUUAUGUAUUAGAUUAGGUGAAACUGUAAUUGAGUAUAAUAAUAAUUUUAGAUUUUACAUAACGACCAAACUGAGAAAUCCUCAUUACUUACCAGAAGUAGCUGUUAAAGUUACUUUGGUCAACUUUGUAAUUACACCGGAAGGAUUGGAUGAUCAAUUGCUUGGCAUAGUUGUUGCUAAAGAAAGGCCAGAUUUGGAAUCUGAAAAAAAUGCACUGAUUUUACAAAGCGCCACAAAUAAAAGAUUGUUGAAGGAAACGGAGGAUAAAAUUUUAGAAGUAUUAUCCGUAGCCGAAGGUAAUAUUCUCGAGGAUGAAGAGGCAAUCGAUAUAUUAACGUCUUCAAAAAAUUUGAGCGACGAUAUUCAUAUAAAACAGGCGGCUACUGAGAUCACUGAGAAAUCGAUCGAUGCGGCUCGACUUCAAUAUACGCCGAUUGCAAUUCACUCCACCGUAUUGUUCUUCACUAUAGCUGUAUUAGCAAACAUAGAUCCAAUGUAUCAAUAUUCAUUAGUGUGGUUCGUCAAUCUUUACACUAUGGCGAUUGAAAAUACACAUCCUGCGGAAAAUUUGGAGCAACGUUUGAAAGAUCUUAUCGAAUACUUUACUUAUUCGCUCUUUUUAAACAUAUGCAGAUCACUAUUCGAAAAGGAUAAACUUUUGUUCUCUUUACUUCUUGUUAUUAAUUUGUUGAAACAACAAAAAAAGCUUUCCAUGCCUCAAUGGAUUUUUCUCUUAACUGGUGGGGUUGGUCUUGAUAAUCCUUAUGUUAAUCCAACUACAUGGCUACCUGUUAAACAGUGGGACGAAUUAUGCAGAUUGGACGAAGUCAUUGGAUUUUCUGGUAUUAAAGAAAAUUUCAUUAAGAAAAGUAAAGAAUGGAAAACAGUGUUCGAUUCAAAAGAACCGCAGAACACGAUAUUUCCAGUUCCAUACGAUAAAAUCAACAUGUUUCAAAAGCUGUUGAUAUUGAGAUGUAUUAGACCGGAUAAAAUUGUACCAGCUGUUCAGAAUUUCGUCAACGCUGAACUUGGUCCGCAGUUUGUAGAAGCACCGACGUUCGAUUUAGUUUCUUCAUAUGCCGAUUCUAAUAAUUGCGUUCCAUUGAUAUUCGUAUUAACUCCUGGAGCUGAUCCAGCUCAAAUAUUGUUAAAAUUUGCUGAUGAUCUAGGUUACGGAGCAAAUCGAUUAUUUUAUUUGUCCCUGGGACAAGGUCAAGGACCAAUCGCUGAGGAACUAAUAGAAAACGGUGUAACGCAUGGUCAUUGGGUGGUUCUACAGAAUUGUCAUCUCGCAAAGAGUUGGAUGCCAACUUUGGAAAAAAUCUGCGAAGGCUUCAUGCCUGAGGCAAUUCAUUCGGACUUUCGAUUAUGGCUCACUAGUUAUCCAGCUGAACACUUUCCCAUUUCGGUUCUUCAGAAUGGCAUUAAAAUGACAAAUGAGCCUCCCAAAGGCUUGAGAGCUAACAUCAUUCGAUCGUACAUGAAUGAUCCGAUCAAUAAUCCUGACUUUUUUGAGUCCUGCAGUCAGAGUGAUACUUUUAAAAAAUUAAUCUAUUCUUUAUGUUUCUUUCAUGCCAUUGUGCAAGAAAGACGAAAUUUCGGCCCUAUUGGCUGGAAUAUACCCUAUGAAUUUAAUGAAACAGAUUUGAGAGUUAGCAUUCUCCAAUUGCACAUCUUUCUAAAUGAAUACGAGGACGUACAAUUUGAAGCACUCAAAUAUCUUACUGGAGAAUGUAAUUAUGGUGGUAGAGUUACCGAUGAAUGGGAUCGUAGAACAUUGAAUACCAUUUUAGAGAAAUUCUAUUGCAAGAAAGCACUCGGAGAAGAUAUCUAUUACUUCGAUACCAGUUCAAAAAUUUAUUACUGUCCUCCAGUCAGAGAAUACGAUGCUUACGUUGAAUAUACGAAAAAUCUUCCAUUAAUUACCGCGCCAAGUGUUUUUGGAAUGAACGAAAAUGCGGAUAUUAUUAAGGAUCAGCAAGAAACAUCGUUACUUUUCUCUUCUAUUUUAUUGACUCAGGAUCGUCUGGAUUUAUGGCAAAUAAGGGAGACGGUUAAAACUGGAACUGGGGCGAUGACGAGCGACGAGAUAGUCUUCAACGUUUCUGCCGAUAUUUUGAGCAGACUUCCAGUGGAUUAUGAUAUCCAAACUGCGAAUGAGAAAUAUCCUACAUCUUAUAGUCAAAGCAUGAAUACCGUAUUAGUCCAAGAAAUGGGUCGUUUCAAUAAAUUAUUAAACUGUAUUCGAAGUAGCUUGAUCAAUAUCCAAAAAGCUAUAAAAGGUUUCAUCGUUAUGUCUUUUGAGCUCGAAGAUAUUUAUGGGACAAUAUUAACUGCUAAAAUACCAUCUUAUUGGAUGCAACACUCCUAUCCUUCUUUGAAGCCUCUCGGUAGUUACAUAAAUGACUUUUUGCAACGUUUAAAUUUUUUACAGAAAUGGUACGACGAAGGUCCUCCUACGGCUUUCUGGCUAUCAGGAUUUUAUUUUACUCAAGCAUUUUUAACCGGUAGUAGACAGAACUACGCGAGAAAAUAUAGUAUACCAAUCGAUCAUUUGGUUUAUGAUUUCAUUAUUCUCAAAGAAACUGUCUUUAAUACACCGCCUGAAAAUGGAAUUUAUAUUUAUGGAUUAUUUUUGGAUGGUGCUAGAUUCGACAGAAAUGAAAUGGAAUUGAAAGAAAGCAUACCCAAAGUCCUUUACGACGACAUGCCUUUUUUGUGGUUACUACCAACAAGAAAAGAGGAUAUCAAGGAAAAACGAACGUAUACGUGUCCUCUUUAUAAAACCAGCGAGCGUCGAGGAGUAUUAUCAACUACAGGACAUUCGACAAAUUUUGUUAUAGCUAUGUGGUUACCUACAACAAUGCCACCGGAACAUUGGAUUAUGCGAGGAGUUGCUAUGCUUUGUCAAUUAUCAGAAUAAAAAUAUCUUUUUAUAGAUUAUAUUAGGCGGGCUUUUUUAAAUUUUUUUCUUUUUCACGAAUAAUAUCGAUAUUUUUGUAUUC